AUGUCAACAAUCGGCCCAGCCCAGCGAAUCGCGCUCAUCACAGGCUGCUCCUCCGCCAAUGGAAUAGCUUCCAACAUUGCAACUGCCCUUCACUCUCGUGGCUACUAUGUCUUCUGCAGCGUCCGCCACCAGGGCGAUCUGGACCAUCUGGAAGGGAAGAGCGAAUGCCAGGAGGUGAUCAUGGAUGUCACCGAUUUGGAGAGUAUCAAGAAGGCGGCGGCGGGUGUGGGGGAGAAGACUGGAGGAAGGCUUGAUGUAUUGGUAAACAAUGCCGGUGUGGACAUGUUCUCGCCCCUUCUCGAUACCUCGAUCGACUCCCUUCGACAAGUAUUCGAGAUCAACACUAUUGCCCCAAUCUCUGUCACCCAGGCAUUUUCACCUUACCUUAUCGAGACGGCUAGAAAGACGGAGCGCAAGAGUGUCGUCCUGAACGUGGGUAGUAUGGCCAAAUUUGGAGUUCCAUGGAAGGGGGCAUAUUGCUCCAGCAAGGCUGCAUUGGAGUGCCUUAGCGAUACGCUGAGAAUGGAGAUGGCUGGGCUGAAUGUCAAGGUCAUGAACUUGCACGUCGGCUCUGUCAAAACCGACAUGUUCGAUAACGGCAAGCUCUUCCCCACUCUCUCCUCUACUCCAAGCGGUUUCUACCCAGCCUGGCCAGAGAUCAAAUCAAGGAUUGAAGAAGACUCAAAGUCCCAAGAGCCCCUGACCUCGUCCCCCAAGAAGGUCGGCGAGCAUGUAGCAAGCCAGAUCGACAAGGUGAACCCUCCUGGUUAUGUCAGAACGGCGAACGGGUCGUUUGCCAUCGACUUGGCCAUGUGGGCACUCAGCAUGGUUGGUUUGAAGGAUUGGUUCUGGGGCAGGAUGUGGUAUACUUGA